GUUCGAAGUGCAGUGGUACAUCAACCAGGCAACGAGAUGGAACAUCUGGAUGCCAACGUCGACCUCCGACGACACGAAGGACAUCAGCAAAGUCGAACACGCCAGAGCGAGAGCAUGGCCCCUCCUGCAGCAGAAGACGCUACAAUCCAGUCACAAGGUAGCCACCGGGUAGUACGCCAGCCUCGCCACUUGAUUCUCCUGCAACCCACAAUGACCACCAGCGGGUUGGAAGUGUCGGUGCACGAAUGCCCUCGCACGAUGAUGCGAGAGCUCGUGCAUGUGUUCCCAAACACACUCAAGAAGGACUGCAAUGUGCUGGCCGUGGUUACAAACCAACGGGCGAGCGUUGACUUGGCGCAGUUCGGGGAAGAAGCCGACAAGGAGAAAGAUCGCCUGCUGGAGAACUUUGUCAAGUGGGCACAUGAAGUGGCGGAAGCAUUGACCGCCGCGGGUCAUUGGGCCGACUUUAUCGAUCCGUGCUCAGGACUGCCAAUGCUGGCGUUGAACUCGAACAAAGUGUACAGCGAAGUGGACGGUGUCGAAGUGCUUCUGCGGUACAACUGCUUGAGUGCUGGCAUGUGCAAGAUCUUGAUCCAUCCAGAAUGGGGUGCCGCCGUGUAUCCUGCGUCGUUGUUUACGACAGCCCCGUCGGACUUGGUCCUCGACAUCGUCUCCAAAGGGUUUGUCCAACACUAGAUCAUUCCUGCGUGAGCCAUAUCGUAGGGAUUCACGCAGCAGCAUAUAUAACGAUAUCUAAUACUAGUACAAUGUACCCCA